CGGAGACAGUAUAUAUAUAUGGCUUAACUCCCAGAGUUUACAUGUAGAAUAUUUCCAAGCAACAUGAUUUACUUACUGCUAACUUUAUGUCUUCUGUUUACAGCGACUGCUGUUAGGGGAGGCUACUCUGAUGGAUCAUACUGCAGUAUGCUGCAUCAUCGUAACUGUAAGCCAUUCUGUGGCCAGGGAGAGCAGGAAAUAAAUUCAAUGGUUAAGCUGUGCUAUAUUGGCAAAUGUUGUGGAACAGGAACACCAUCGGGGUCUGGUUCGGCCGUGUGGAGCGCCUGGUCGUCGUGGUCACCUUGUUCUGUGACGUGUGGGAGUGGUUUCCAGUUUAAAACCAGAACCUGCACUGGGGCAGGCUGCCCGACCACCACCGACAUGCAGACACAGAUCUGUACGACGGCAUCCUGUAGCGGCGGUGGCGGCGGUGGCGGCGGUGGCGUCACAGGAGGCCGUAGAUUGUGUGGGCGUGACGCUAUUCCAAGGUCGCGGAUCCUGUCGGGAAAGCCCACAACAGCAUGUGAAUAUCCGUGGAUGGUGCGCUUUGAACUACGGGGAUCUCCGAACUUCAAUUUUACUCUGUGCAGUGGUGUUUUACUCUCAAAGUACGCUGUCUUGACGACAUCGAGCUGUGUUGAGGCUAUUAGAACAGCAUGGAGCGGUCAACAAGGUCCAGGACCUCUACCGUGGAUAAACGCUGCAGUGGGCGAUCAUCAAACUGCAGCCAGGGAUCCAAACCAACAGGACAGACACAUUGUCGAGGACUCCAUCAUUAAUUCGGCAGAAGACGGAUUAGGUAUUGUCAGACUGAACCCGCCCAUUCGAGAGUAUUCCACCUGUGCAGCUCCCGUAUGUUUACCUGAAGCGAACACAAACUUCACCAGACAGUGCACAGUGGCAGGGUGGGGACGAACAGGUAAUAAUGCUUUGUUGGGUGGGUCCGAUGUUCUUCACGACCACGCCGUGACGAUGAUGAGCCAGGACGCCUGUGAAGCCGGAUUUCGAUAUCACAACAACGAGACACUACCAGCUGGAUUACUCUGUACAGACUCGCGGGCAGAUGGUGCUUCAACUUGCUUGCAAGAUGAUGGUGGAAUGUUGAUGUGUAGAGACGUAGGGCUAGGAAGAGACACGUUGGCUGGUAUUACUACAAAUCAAACCGCGGACUGUCAUCCGUUGGCUCCAAGCACUUACGUCGAUGUUAUUCCACACAUGAGCUGGAUACUCCAACAUCUGGAUGGAAAUUAGAAUGCAGUCACCUCUAAUCACCUCGUAUGAUGUUCACAGCAACAACAAUAAAUAAAACGCGUCAACACUAAUAACAAACACCAAGCAAACUAAAUUGUGACAGAGGAGUGUUUUUAGUCAGGGAAUGAAUCAUUCAAUCCUUGUAGACUCUUUAUAGACAGACAUUUUUAAAAAUAUUGCAUUAUAGACCUGGAUAGCUUUGUUACAUGUAUAGAAAGAUCUACCUAGAAAGCGUUGCCAUUGCUACAGAAAGAAAAGAUGAAAUACGUUCUACAAUCAUUUAUGCUUAGCAAACACACAAAUACGCACACACAUGCAUGCGUGGACAUCAAUGCACUUAUAUUCAUAGACACUUAAAUAUAAAUUUCGCUGAGUAAUUGAUAUCUU